AUGACUACACAUUCCAACUUUCAACUCCCACCAUUACUCAACCCACUUUUAAAUGCGAUAUGUAAUUGCGGUGAGCCAAAUAGCUCUCCAUUAAAGAAACUGUAUACACAGCUAGGCAAGAAAGACAAAUAUUUGAUACUUGUGCCCCCAACUGAAUUGCUUUUGUAUUACAGUGACAAGGAGUCGAAUUCUGAACUACAUGACUUGUGCUAUACACCAAAUUUCGCUAGUGCUCACAUAUUACUUUUAGAUGCUACUGAUACCGAGGUCAAUAAUGGGGAUGAAGCGGUUCUAAUUAAAAACAUUGAGAAGAGGUAUGAUGUCCAUUUUAUCAAAGCUAUGGAUCAAUCGUGGAAAUUCAUUAACUGGAAGAACCGAGUUAUAUAUGAGUUCAACAAACUGGGUGACCAGAUAAAGAAUAGGGCCAAAAUUCUUGAUAUUGAGUCAAUACCGAUAUUUAAUAACUACAUGAAAACAACAGAUAAUACCAUAACAAUUAUGUAUAUUGAUGAUGUGUUUUUAAAUGGAACUCUAGAGUGUAAUUUACGUUCCGAUAUAGAUCUCCUGCGAAGUCCAUCAAUGAGAUCGAUACCAACUGCAAAGAGGCCAUCAUUAAUUAAUAAAAAAUCUACUGAUUAUGAGAACUCUAAAUCUAAAGCAACCUUUGACAGUAUACUACGAGUAAAUAAACAUUGGAGCUCAAAGUUUGAACAGCAUUUUCAAAAGUUUCGUUUAUUAGCCAAUCAAGAUGAUCUUCCAAUUGACGUAUUCCAUAAUAUUAUUGAAGAGAUGCAUGAAGAAAUGGUGUCAGACAAUCUGUUUAAAAACAUUGUUGAUCUUCGAAAUAUCAUAUAUGAAUAUGUUGAACUGAACUUAUUUGACGAUAUAUGGAAGAUGAUUUUAAGAAUGAAUAAAGAGGUUGAAAUUGAUCUCAAUCCAUUUGGCAAUAUCUCCAUUUAUCAAGUGGAUUCAGAGUUUUUGAGUACAGAAUAUAGCAAGUUUUUUUUGGAGAAUGUAAUUACCGCAGAAAGAAAUAUUAAAGAGGCAAGUAAGUCUCUACAGAAAAUAGAAAGUGCUAGUAACUAUAAGUCAAAAGCUAAUAUUUUAAUAUUAACUCUCAGAACUCUAACAGGUAAUAAGGAAAAUGACGGAUAUUCAUCUAAAAAUGAUGAUGGUAAUUUAUCAUUUUUUCCAUUAGCAAUUGACGCUGAUCGACUUAUGAAUCUUUUCGUGCUUGUUACUUGUCGGGCUCAAAUUAAAAAUCUAAAGUGCCAUUUAUCAUAUUUACAAAAUUUCUAUAACAAUGAUAGCGACACAAAGUUUGGUAUUUUAGGGUAUGCAUUGUCGACAUUGGAAGCAGUUGUUUGCUAUUUUGAACAACUAAAAGAAAAAGAAAAUUAUAGAAAGCUUAUUGACUUUUGUAAUUCAAAUGAAAGACUAGUUAAGGUACUUUCGUCUACAAAAAAGUACGAGACAAAUGCGGCCUUAUAUUUUUUGAGGAAAUACGAAGGAUCGUUAAGGUAUAGAGAUUCAUUAGGUCAGUCUUUGCUUGCACUUUGUAUCAUCCAUGGUAGGAACGAUUUUUUAUACCACAUUUUAAAUGAAUACGAAACCUUAUUUCCUAUCGAGGAUUUAUUGGCUGAUGAAUCUAUUGAUGGUUCUACUUUAUUAAUCCAAGCUGUUAAGCACGAUAAUCAAUAUUCUGCCUCUCUCCUAUUAAAUAUCCUGAAAGAUAACUGUACUGAAAUUGAGCUCAUAGCAUACAUUAAUAGACAUGAUAUUAACAAAAGAACUGCUGGCCAUUUCUUAACGAAUGAAUUGGAGGUCUUGAAAUUAAUGGGAAAAUAUAUCAAUUGGGUUCAAAAAGAUAAUGCAGGUCAAACGCCACUUUUUACAAUAUUUAGAAGCUAUGAUCAAGAUAAUUAUGAUGAGAUGGUAUCACAGAGCAUGGAAUAUGCAACUAACUGGUAUGGACUGAAUGGGAAAAAUUUCAAUUACUUGGACCAUGUUGAUAAGAAAGGUAAUACUCUGUUGCAUAUUUUAAAGUGCAACUUACCUAUACUGCUGGCAGAUAAACACAUAAACGUCAAUGCAACAAAUAGAUCAGGACAAACGCCACUAAUGACUAGUAUACGAUACAAGAGAACUGAAAACAUAAGAGACUUGCUUUGUGAUCCUAGACUGAGAGUUGAUAUUACCCAAAAAAAUAACGCGUUAACAGCUUUCGACUUUUCCAAGGAUGACGAAAUAACUCAUUUAUUAGGAGAGCAUGAACUAUUAAACUCACCUUGGCUAGCUGUUUAUGCACACACAUUGAAAUAUACCAAUUCUCGCUGGAAUCUUUCGCUUACUGUUAAGCUUAAAGACGCUCCUAAAACAACAAACUUUACACUAAAAACGUUAAGAGGAAUACUAAGAGUUGUGAUAAAGAACAACAUGACCGUAUUUUUACCUGUACAGGAAUUAGUGGAAGAUUUGAUAUCUUUCAACCGGAUUAGAUUUAGUGAAUUAAUGAGAAUAAAAGUUUUAGAAAUGUUGCCUUUUAUUUCAUUCUGCUUGUCGGCCUUAGUGCAUAUUAAAGUUCUUGAUCUGAAUGUGUUUCAAACUGAAGAGAAUGCAAUAAAAUGGGUAAAGAUGAACGGAAGCGUGGAUAAAAAGACUAAUCAAACUAGUGAUAUAACACCAGAAGAUAUCAGCAUGAUACAAAACUUCUUGAAGUUCAAUAUCACGGAAAUAGAGCGCACAAAAAAUAAACUGGAAAUAGCAGAAAAGUUGAGCCUUUUUUCAAGAUUAAAAUCAAAAGAUUUGCUUAACAGUAAUGAAAAUUAUGUUACUAUAGUCUCUCAAUUAAGUUCAAAAAGAUUUAGAUCUACGCUAAAAUAUUCAGCAGAAGAUACCAAAUUACUAUCUGUUAGAGCUGAAAAAGCCCUACUUUCAAAAAUAACAUAUUUAAAAAUAUGCGCACAGAAACUACACAACCAUAUACUAUCAAUCACAACGACUAUGAUAUCUAAUUGGUGGCAUAUCUAUGGUGAAUUACUAAACGCCCAUAAGCAUUACACUAGAGCUUUUCCUGAAUUAGCAAAUGUGACCACUGAAAAUAGAGAUUUGGCUUUACAUAGAAUGAUUAGCAAUCCUAAGCGAAUUAAGUUGGAAGAAAGACUUUCUGAAAAGAUCAAAGAUAUUACCGAACAACUGAACAGUGUAGGGCAUGAUAUAAAACAAAUGCAUGAAUUAGCUGCCGAAGAAGUGAGUAGAUUUAUUGACCUAAAAACAAAGUUUACCCUAGAAUAUGCUCUCCAAUCUUAUUUGACAAUAUCCAAACAGGAGCACAUUGAGAAAGACAGGUUACAUUGGGAAUUUCAGGAAAAUAAAACAGUUUUUAAGCAGUAA